AGCAAGCUCAUCAGUAUUGCCUAGCAGUGCCUCUGAAGCGUUUCGAACGCUCUAAAUUGAAUAAAUAACUUCACUUCACCAAGAAAAUGGCUCCUCGUGAGAAAGUUGAGUUCGUGCUAGUCCGCCUGGCCUUUGCGCCGCACAUUCAUCCUUUGUACCCGCACAUCAGCUACCAGAUCCGUAAACAUCCGCCCACGGGCUCGGUCAUCCAGGUGCGCGAUUGGUUUGAGCAUGUCAUGAUGCGGGAGCGCUCCAAGCUGCCGCCAAAUGUCAAUCUACGCUAUGCCGAGUGGCGCAUCAUCACCGGCGAUGCGAAUCUGUUCAGUGUGGAGAGCUAUCGCUACGACAAAAUCAUGCUGGUGCUGGGCGAGGAGAACAUUUCCUGGGUGUUCUACACGAACAAUGCAAUGGAGCGGCGUAUCGAGGGCAGCGCCUGCUUCCCCGUCAGCUACUGCGGCUGCUGCCUCAACAACCAAUAUCUGCAGAUUUUGGCCAAGAUCAAGCAAACUUUGUCGCGGAAGAAGAUUCGAUAGAAUAAAGAGAUUCAAAUACUAAUGGAAA